AGUGUUUGCGCAGCAAGAGCUUAGAUAAACACCACAAAUUGCAGUUGCAUCCCUGAACACAAUGAAGAGAGUUGUUCUGUUUCUGCUGUUGACUGCAGUGGUGGGUCGUGCACGAGGUGAGAGGCUUCUCUACAAGAACAGAUAUGAUGGGAUUCUAAACUUUAAUUGUCCCGCAGGCCAGUCAAUAUCCUCUAUAACCAGCGAGCACAACAAUAACUAUGAGGACCGGGUUUGGGACUUUGGCUGUCAAGUCACCAAUGGCCAGAGUGGAAGUUGUUUCUGGACAAGUUACGUCAAUGACUUCGAUCAAGUGAUCUUCUUUGAGUGUCCAGCACAACACGUGAUCGCAGGAAUGAGCAGCUACCACAGUAACAGCUAUGAGGACAGACGCUGGAAGUUUUAUUGCUGUAGAAGUAAUUGUAUUUCUGCAAACUGUCAUUGGACCUCGUACGUGAACUCCUUCGAUGAGUACUUCCACUGGACUGUGCCUUCCGAGAGCGUUCUGGUGGGCACUCAAAGCUACCAUCAAAAUCGUGAAGAAGAUCGCCGAUUUCGGUUCAAGGUCUGUUCCCAGCGCAGAUGUUGAUUCCAAGAAUUCAUGAUGAUAUUCUCUCAUGAUCCUCUGAAAUAAAUGCAAGUUGAAAAUGAA